ACUUGUGCGGCUCGUGAGUUGAAAUACGAACGGUUUUGUACGUCUGUUGCUGACGAAACAACGUUAUAUUUUAAAAAUGACAGGGUUUACAGAAAGUGCACUUGUGAAACGAUUAAUGGACUUAAAUACUUCUCAACAAAGUAUACAAACACUUUCUCUUUGGUUAAUUCACCACAGAAAACAUCAUCCGACCAUCGUGAAAGUCUGGUUUAAAGAGAUGUGUAAAGUGAAGGAUAAUCGUAAACUAAUGUUUAUGUAUCUGGCAAAUGAUGUUAUUCAAAACAGUAAAAAGAAAGGACCAGAAUUUGGAAAAGAAUUUGAAACAGUUUUACCAAAAGCUUUUGAACACAUGAAAGGAUUUGAUGAAAAAACAAGAGAAAGGUUAAAUAGGCUGCUUCAAAUUUGGGAAGAGAGAGGAGUUUAUGAUAAAACACAAAUUGCAGAGUUUAAGAUUGCUUUCACAGAUACAUCAAAAGAUCCAGGAACACCACCUCCAAAGAAAAAACUCAAGAAUGACAUAGAAAAAGUAAAGAAAGACAAAAAGGAGAGAAAGAAAUCAGAGACUGAAGUUGAAGUGGAUGGAACCAAAGAACUACAUGUAACAUUAAGUCCUCGUACUCCUGCUGGAGAUCCACCAGAAACAGAGGAGCUCAUCAAAGCUUUAAUGGAUUUGGAAAACACAGCAUCAUCAGAUGCAGGAGUUAGAGAACGUAUUGCAUCUUUGCCACCAGAAGUUUCAGAAGUUUCGCUUCUUGCAAAUUUAGCUGAUAGAGCAGCAGCAGAUCAAUUAAGUGUUGCAGUAAAUGAAGCUGCUGCUUUAUUAGCGGAUUAUAAUGGAAGAUUACAAGCAGAAAUGGAAGACAGGAGAAGAUUAUUAACUAUGCUUAGAGAUUACACUUUAGCACAAAGACAGUUACUUCAACAGGCACAAGCAACAUUAGAAGAUUAUAAAGAAAAACUUAAAAAAGUAUGCGCAGUCCGAUCAGAAGUAAAGUCACAUAUUUCCAAUCUGCCUGAUUUGACGCAAUUACCUGAUGUUACAGGCGGUUUAGCACCACUUCCUUCAGCUGGUGAUUUAUUUUCUAUGCACUAGCACGUAAGUUCAGAGAGCACGAUCAUUGAAUUAUUUUUGAGUUC